UAAAUUCCAAAAAGGUCACUCAACUCUCAGAGCCAGAUCCCCGAAAAUCUGCUCUAUCAGCUGCUGCAUUUGCUACCAUUAUCAGGACCCUCACCAUGAAAGGCCUUCUGCUGCUCCCCCUGUCUUCUCUGCUCUGCUGGGUCUCAGCGGACAUUCGCUGUCACUCCUGCUACAAGGUCCCUGUGCUGGGCUGUGUGGACCGGCAGUCCUGCCGCCUGGAACCAGGACAACAAUGCCUGACAACAAAUGUGUACCUUGGUAAGAUGUGGGUUUUCUCCAACCUUCGCUGUGGCACACCAGAAGAGCCCUGUCGGGAGGCCUUCAACCAAACCAGCCACAAGCUGGGCCUGACCUAUAACACCACCUGCUGCAACAAGGACAACUGCAAUAGCCUGGCCCCCCGGCCCACCCCGGCCCUGGCCCUUGUCCUGACCUCCUUGGCUGGGCUUGGCCUCUGGCUGCUGCACUGAGACUUACUCCAUGGCUGCCCCUCCUCCCACCUGCCUCACCCUGAGCCUCUCUCCCUGUGUCUUCGUAUCCCCUGGCUUCCCACAAGUUUCUCCCUAGCUCCCUUUGCACUGAAAAGCAUUUCUCCAGACCCAUCACAUUUCUUUAAUUAGACAGUGGUCUCCCUCUCCAUCCUUCCACUCCACACCCUCCAGUCUGCUUUUCCCAAGUCCCUUCCCAUUUCCCCCCAGACCACUCCAGAUCCUCCAUUGGCCCCUAGAAGGGCUCCCCAGUUUGCCUCCCACACUCUACUGUGCCCUAGUUGGGGAGGGAUUGGAAUCUGGGCCUGAAAUGGACCUUCUGUCCUGUCCCUAAUGAAGGCUCCCAGAAGGGACCUGAUGACCUCACUGUAUGGGGCUGAUUCCCCAAACUCUGGCUCCCAUACGUACCCCAUCCCCAUGCCCACCUCUUUCCAUUUUGAGUAAUAAAU